CCCAACUUUACAGACCGGGACCGCCUGCCGUAUGUGACUAAGAUCAUAAAAGAGAUCGUGCGGUGGCACCCACCAGCGCCCACCGGCGUUUUGGCUCUUCGGAUCCCGCAUCUGCUGAAAGAGGACGACGUAUACUGGGGUUACCACAUCUCGAAGGGGUCUAUCGUGAUGGACAACGUCUGGGGGAUUACGUACGACCCAGCAAGGUAUCCAGACCCGUCCGGAUUCAAGCCCAAGCGAUACGUCACCGCGGACAGCACCCUCGACUGCAGCACAAACGACCCGAGCCGAUACGUUUUCGGCUUCGGUAAACGCGUGUGCCAGGGAAAGCUCCUCGUAGAUGACUCAACGUGGCUCACCGUCGCGCAGUUCCUCGCUGUCAUGACGGUGAUAUUCCCCGUCGGUGAUACACCGCCGAAGGUCGAGUUCGUAUCUGAGGUCACAUCGUGCAUCUUCUCCCAGAAGCUCUGCCGUAUCGAUUGA